AUGGUGCUUUUUUGUUAUCUCCUCAUCCUUUCCCACCCUCUCCCUUUCCCCACCUCCCGCUUCCCCCUUUUCCAACUUCACCUCCCUCACUCGUCCUCAUCCUCUUACCCUCCCAACUCCACCCAAUUCCUCCCCACCCUUCCCGACCGCACCACAUCGCUCCUUGUUCACCCUUACUCUCAUCCCUCUCUGCUCCCACAGGUCUCUAGCCUUGGUGGCGUGCCAGCGUGGGUGCUUAUGGAUGCUGCUGACGUGGAUCUAGAGUACCAUGUCGUGGAAGAGGGAGCUGCUGACGUGGAUUCCUCACAGUGCCACGUUGGGGGGGAGGAAGGAGGAAAAGGAGGAAAAGGAGGAGAAGAAGAGAGGGGAGCGGGAGGGGAAGGAGAGGGAGCAUUGGAAUCUCACGUGGUGCGAUUGCAGUCACUGCCUCCGUUUGAUCCCAACCGUCCGCUCUGGCAGGUGCAUCUCAUUCACCUGCCAUCUGGCAGCCGUCCAUGCGAGCCACUUCAGCCCCAUUCUGCAGCCGUGUUCAGGAUCCACCAUGCCCUGGGCGACGGAAUCUCGCUCAUGUAA